CCCAAACUCCAUCUUCGUCUCUCUGAGCUCUGACAGACCCUCACUUCUCUUUCUUUCCCUCUGCCAUAUUCUAACUGCAGCAGCAAGUCUCCCAAGUCAGCGCGCAAUGGCAAUACACCUCGCGGCCAGUACUCCUGCCGGAGUCUCUCUUAAGCCGCAGCGCGCGUCCACGACGUCGACAGCCGGGGCGGUGGCCGCCGUGGCCGCGCCACCCUCCACGUUUGCCCCUCCUUCAACGCGGCUCUCGGCACCGCCCAUUUCUCUCAACAACACCAGCCUUGCCGUUCCCGUGGCCCCGGUCUCCGUGCUGCCAGCGAGAAGAUCAAGAAACAACGAGAAGCCUCUGGCUAGCAUGUGGCGGGAGAUCCAGGGGGAGCGGGACUGGGCCGGGCUGGUAGAGCCCACGCUGCACCCGCUGCUGCGGGCCGAGAUCGUCCGGUACGGCGAGCUCGUGGGCGCGACCUACAAGGCGUUCGACCUGGACGCCGGCUCCAAGCGGUACCUCAACUGCAGGUACGGGAAGGCCCGGAUGCUGCAGGAGGUCGGCAUGGCAAGCGCCGGAUACCACGUCACCAAGUAUAUCUACGCGGCGCCGGAGAAUUGCCCGAGCCGGUGGGUCGGCUACGUGGCCGUGGCGUCGGAUGACGCGGUGCGGCAGCUCGGCCGGCGCGACAUCGUGGUGUCGUUCCGGGGCACCGUGACGGGGUCGGAGUGGGUGGCCAACAUGAUGAGCUCGCUCGCGCCGGCACGGUUCGACCCCGCGGAUCCCCGGCCGGACGUGAAGGUCGAGUCCGGGUUCCUCUCUGUGUACACCUCGGACGACGCCACGGGCCGGUUCACAUGCGGCAGCUGCCGGAACCAGAUCCUGUCUGAGGUGACACGGCUCAUGAAACGGUACGAGCACGAGGAGGUGAGCAUCACGCUUGCCGGGCAUAGCAUGGGCAGCUCCCUGGCGCUACUCCUUGGCUACGACCUCGCCGAACUCGGCCUGAACCGCCGCGGCGCGAGGGCUGACCGCGUGCCGAUCACCGUCUACUCCUUCGCCGGCCCAAGGGUGGGGAACGCGGGGUUCAAGGACCGGUGCGAGGAGCUAGGUGUGAAGGUUCUGAGAGUAGUGAAUGUGAACGACCCGAUCACCAAGUUGCCCGGCAUCUUCUUGAAUGAGAACUCUAGGGUUUUGGGAGGCAGGUUUGAGCUUCCAUGGAGUGCCGCAUGUUAUACACAUAUUGGUGUUGAGCUUGCCCUAGACUUCUUCAAGGCAGGCGACCCUGCUUGUGUGCAUGACUUGGAAGCGUACCUGGGGUUUCUCAAGUGCCCCAAGGUGGAAAAGGUUAGGAAACAAGGGGAGGAUCUUCUAAGCAAAGCCAGGAAAUUUGUUGUAGGGCAAAGUUUUGAUGCUUGGAACUGGCAAAUGGCUGCAAUUCAAGUUGGUGACUUGGUGCACGCCCUAGGGAUGUAGAUCCAUACAGUGUUAUUUUCUUUCCCAUGAUUUUUGAGGGAAAGGAGAUUUAGAUAACCUUAUAGAGUUAGUGAAGAAUGCAAAUACAAGUCGGUUGAUCGACAUUCGUGCUACCAUCUCAAUAUAUGGGCGGCAAUACUCCCAUUUUUUGUGAACAAA